AUACGAAGAAGUAUCAUAACAAAACUUUUACAAUCUGUGAUUAAUUCUACGUAAAAUUUAAAAAAAAACUAACUUUUUCUAAAAAAGUAUAUAAAUAUGGGAGCACCUGAAUUACCUAACGAUCCUGGAGAGGAGGAUUUACGUACCACACAUAUUGUACAUCAUCCUCCCGCACCCAGUGAUGAUAGUGAUGACAAUGAAUCUAUACAAGAUACAGGUGCCUAUGAUGGUUAUCAACCCUUAUCAAUGGAUGAGAAUAAUAUUGAUUAUGGUCAUAUUCGCGUAAAUGCUCCCGAUGAUGUCGACGAUCUUAAUGAUGCACAUCAUAAUAGAGAAGGAUUUACUAGAAUACAAGAGAAUAGGGACUUGGAUGAAGGUGAGCAGUUGGAUGUGGUGCAUGGUGAUCCCAAUAUGCCUCAAAUAGAAACAGCCGAUGUUGAAAUCGAAAGAGCAAUUUGGAAUCAACCACGGCCACAGGAGUUACAAAUUGAAUUGGAUGGCAAUAAGACACAGCAGAUCUUAAAUGCCAUGGCCAAUUUUCAAUUACCCAAUUUAUCUGUGCCUGAAUGGGCGGCCGGUGUACCCGAAGAACGCUGGAAGGAGGAGCUACUACAACGUAUACGACAAAGAAAACCUUCUGAUAAUAACUCUAAAAUGGAAGUGGACAAUGAACCUAAGUAGAAAACAUUCCCCCAAUAGAAGUUCUAAUAUAUAUAAUAAAUAUAUACAUAUAUAAAGUAGUUAUUAUAUCAUAGAUUUAAAAUUCAUCUUGCUAUUAUUAAACGUAUUAUACAUAUUAAACUAAUAAAAAUAUAAACCCCAUAUAAUAACAAA